UGCUUUAAUUUUUUGAUCUUAGUUGGCUGCAAGGCAGCAUAAAUUUAUAAAUGAUGUGCUUUAAAAGUACCAGAAUCUAGAGUCUGGCGGCAACUGACGGAGCAUUGCAAUCGACACGGUUUCAUGGAGCGGGAUCGGGAUAAAUACCCGGUGAAGAUUCAAGUGAUGCAGGCCAUCGCAGGGGCCAUGACCGGAGCCAUGACGCGGGUCGUUACGCAUCCGUUCGACGUUCUGAAAAUCCGCUUUCAGAUCCAGGUUGAGCCGCUCAGCGACAGGAGCAAGUGGAAGUACCAGAGUAUCCUGCAGGGCUUUCGGAAGGUAUACGUCGAGGAGGGGGCCCGGGGUCUGAUGCGCGGCCAUUCUUCCGGCCAGGUGAUGAGCAUCUCAUACGCCAUUGUCCAGUAUUGGUCCUACGAGCGAUUCCGGAGCCUGGCGCGCACGGUGUCCUACCUGGAGGAUCAUCCCUCGCUGCGUCACUUUCUGUGCGGCGGCUUUUCGGGCUGCAUGGGUGCGGUGGCAUCGCAACCCUUCGACGUUGUCCGGACACUGGUGGUGGUAGUAGAUCCCAACUCCAAGCGGAGUAACAUGCGUCCGAUCGAGGGCGUGCGCCUGGUGUAUCGCAAGUUCGGCUGGAGGGGCCUCAUGACGGGACUGCCCUUUACCAUGGCCGAGACGUUUCCACUGGUAGGCAUCAACUUUCUCAUCUACAAGUACCUCAACUCGUGGGUGCUGGCGGGGAAGCAUGAACACAAUUGUGAUGUGCAUUCGCCCCGGACAGGACAGUGCACGGACAUCCACAGCGGAUAUUUGUUCGUGAAUGGCGCCCUGGCCGGAGUGGUGGCCAAGACUCUCAUCUAUCCGGUGGACCUGCUCAGGAAGCGCAUCCAACUGGUGAGCCUCAACCAGAACCAGACCCAAAGAAGCAGCCCCGACUGCCCCACGGUGCUGCAGUGCAUCGUGGCCACAUUUCGGAUAGAGGGCUUGCACGGAUUUUACAAGGGAAUAAUGCCUACUUUAAUCAAGUCGGCGCUGACCAGUGCCUUCUACUUCACCAUCUAUGACGUGGUCAACCGUCGGUUCAUUGCGCCACGCAAGGAAGAGUUGCAAUAGGCGUGUCGGACUCUUGAAUGGGGAUCCCAGUUGCAUGGAAUCUGAUAUCGAGGUUUUUACAAAUAAUGAUAGAAAUAUAGAACCUUUUAUCAUUAGAUGGUUGUGCUUUCGGGAAAUAAAGAUAUAAGAUAUAAUCUUCAA